AUGGUGUUUUGGGAAGGGUAUGUAAGUGAUGAAAUGAUGGGUACAUUUGCUCCGAUCGUGGUCUACUGGUUGUAUGCAGGGUUUUAUCAGUCGCUACCACCGACGACUCUGGAUAAAUAUCGGUUGCACACGAGGAAGGAAGGAGAUGCGAAGAACGUAGUGCCAAUGAACUCGGCUAUCAAAGUUGUGUUGGUUCAACAACUAGUUCACGCAACGGUUUCCUACCUCCUGUUUUUGGUGCAAUCAAAGACAGAUUUGGUUGGGACUCAUGAAAUCCAACCACCCAUCCUCGCACAAAUUUUCCAGGUCAUCAUUGCAAUGUUUGUUGUGGACAUAUGGCAAUAUUUCAUGCAUCGUUAUAUGCACACAAACAAAUUUCUUUAUCGACAUGUCCAUGCACAACAUCACAAACUGGUCGCCCCUUACGCCAUAGCGGCGUUUUAUAAUCACCCUAUGGAAGGCGUAUUCGACACGAUUGGUGCUUCCAUUGCUUUUCUUGUUUCAGGAAUGACUGCCAGAACCGCGAUUCUAUUCUUCUGCUUGAUUGUGGUAAAAACAGUUGAUGAUCAUUGUGGACUUUGGUUACCGGGUAAUGUUUUUCAUAUGUUGUUCCCAAACAAUACCGCUUUUCAUGACAUCCAUCAUCAACUCCAUGGAUCAAUGUACAAUUUUUCACAACCUUUUUUCCCAAUUUGGGACAAGCUUCUUGGGACCCAUAUGCCAUAUGAUCUUGUUAAACGGCCCGAAGGAGGUUUCGAGGCAAGAGUAAUAUCCAAAGACUAA